GUUCAUUAUCUUUAUUGGUGAAUGAAAGAUAUUUAAAAGUGUAACCAGUUAAAGUUUUAUGCUUACAGCACAUUGUUAUUGUCUUGAAUAAUUUUUUUAUAACAAUCUUCAUUGUGAUUUAAAAUGAAUGAAGAGACUAAUAGUGCUUUGCAAUUUGAUGAUGGACACGAAGAUGGCAGAAAAGCAGAUAAAAAAGAGACUGAAUUGAUUUGUGAGAAAGAUACUGCAAAAAUAAACAUUGAAAACAGUGAACAAUCUUUUUUAGGAAAAUCAAAAACUGAUGAUAGUUUAGUUCCAUCUAUAGAUUUUUGCGAUCCUGACUAUAAGGUGGAUAAUCUUUUCAAUGAAAAACAAAGUUCAAAUUCAAUGCAACAUGAUACUGCCUCGACUAAUAAUGUUGAAAUAUUACCUGAUAAAGAACCCAACUUAUUUGAAGUUCCAUUAGAUACCAAAGACUUUGAUGUUGAAAUUAAGCAUGAAUCUACUGAAGACCACAAAAAUAAGUUACUUAUGGUAUCUUCUCAUCCCAAUAAAAAAGAUAAAAGAAAAGAAAUAGAGAAAAGAUUUUCAUGUGAACACUGCGAAAAGCGUUUUGCUUAUAAUCGUCAAUUGGUAAAACAUAAUCGCAUUCAUACUGGUGGAAAACCUUACAAAUGUAGCGAUUGUAAUUUUGUUUUUAAACGUAAUGAUCAUUUAAUUCGUCAUCAAAAAACCCAUUCUGCUGAAAAACCUUUUAAGUGUGAAAAUUGUGAUGGUGCUUUCAAAAGAAAAGAUCAUCUUCUUCGACAUAACCGAACACAUUCUGCAGGAGAAAAAAUUACAAUUAAUGAUGAACAAAGAAUAAAUUUUCAAACCAAAGCAGAUGUUAUUGGAGAUAAUAAAAUUCAUACACGAUCAUAUAAAUGUGAAAAAAAUUUUACAAAGAUAGAAAGUAUAACAGCAUCUAUUAAAACAAACAAAGAUUUCUGUCCUCAAAUAAAAGAAAACAUGUGUCUUAUUUGCUCAAAAACUUUCACAAGAAAAUCACAUAUUGCAAGACACAUGAAAAUCCAUAGUGGAAGUAAAGAAAAGCUUUCUACAAAUGGAGAGGCUAUGAAUGAAGAAGCUAUGAAUGAAGAAGCUACAAAUGAAGAAGCUACGAAUGAAGAAGCUACGAAUGAAGAAGCUAUGAAUGAAGAAGCUAUGAAUGAAGAAGCUAUGAAUGAAGAAGCUAUGAAUAAAGAAGCUACGAAUGAAGAAGCUAUGAAUGAAGAAGCUAUGAAUGAAGAAGCUGUGAAUGAAAAAGCUAAGAAUGGAGAAGCUAAAAAUGAAGAGGCUUUGAAAAGUGAAAGUUGUGAGACAUUCCCAGGUCCCCAGUAUAAAAUGAAUGAAGAGAGAAAUAGUGUUUGGGAAUUCACCAAAGAUGGCGGGCAAAUGCUAGCAAAAUUAAGAGUUGAUUUGGUCCGACCUGAUGAUCAAAAUGUAUUUGGAAUGGUAGAUAGUUUUAAAAAAGAGAGUGAUAAUGAUUGUGAAACAGGUAUAACGAUAAAAGUUCAAAACAAUGAUGAACAGUCGCUAUGUUCUUUACAACAAUCAAAAAUAAAUUGUUUAAUCCCAUCUAUAGAUUUCUAUAACCCAGCCUGUGACACCCAAAAACGUUUAGGAGAUUCUGCAGGAGGUAAUUUUUCAGAUAAACUUAACUCAAACGAAACACAACAUAAUAUUGCAAUGAGUGUUAAUGAUGAUGCUUUACCUGAUGAGAAACCCAAUUUAUUUGAAAUUUCUUUGAGUUCUUUAAAGGGUAUCAGAACUGAAAUGGAAAUCGAAUUAGUUGGAAAUAACGAAAAGGAAUUGCAUAAUAAGCCUGCUCAUCCAAUUAAAAAAAUCCAGAGUAUCAAUAAAAAAAAACAAAUAAAAAUGGAUAAAAGAGAAAAAAGAUACUCAUGCGAACACUGUGAAAAGCGUUUUGCUUCUAAUCACCAUUUGAUAAAACAUAAUCGCAUACAUACUGGUGAAAAACCUUACAAAUGUAGCGAUUGUGACUUUGUAUUUGGGCGCAACGAUCAUUUGAUUCGACAUAAAAAAACCCACUCUACUGAAAAACCUUUUAAGUGUGAUAAUUGCGACGGUUCUUUUAAACGAAAGGAUCAUCUUUUGCGACAUAGUCGUACACAUUCAGCAGAAAAAAAAAUUGCUUGUGAUGUAUGCAAUAAGCUAUUUAAAAGUAAAGAAGAUGUUAAUGGACAUAUGAAAACCCACACACGGCCUUAUAAAUGCGAAAAAUGCGAAAAAUCAUUCGCUAAGAAAGAAAAUAUUAGAGCGCAUAUGAAAACCCAUGAAGAAUUUUGUUCUUCUCAAAUAAAAGAAAAUAUGUGCCUUAUCUGUUCAAGAACUUUCACAAGAAAGUCUCACGUUGCUAGACACAUGAAAAUACACGGCGGAAAUAAAGAACAGCUUUGUGCAAAUGAAGGAGUCGUGAAUAAGGACAAUGGCGACAUUACUAGUGUCACGGUCAGCCAAGCAAUUGAGGACCAUUUUAAUAAUGAAAAGCUAUUAAGCAAUGACACCGUUAUCACUAUCGAUGUGACCAAUAGCAGUUUGAAUUAAACAAAAACUAUAGACUAAAGUCGACAUCUAAUUUAAAUAAUGCGAGUUCUCUUUAUUUAAUUUCAAAUAAUUGGAAUUGUAAUAUAUAAUCGUAUAUUGUCUUUAUUUACGUAAAUUCCAAUGAAUAAAGGAAAUUCCAAAGUA